CCCAGAGCCCGCGUCGGUGCUGGCAGUCCAGGCGAUCCGCCGUCGCCCCAGCCUCGCCGCGCAUCCCCGCGCAGCCCGCCCGCCGUCCGCCCGUCGCCGACCCCGCCGCCGAGCUGCACGCCCACAGUGCGCCCUCUGCCCCGCUGGGGACAGGGGACCCCGCCACCGUCAUGCUGCCCGCCGUCUACACGGCCCUGGCGGGGCUCCUGCUCCUGCCGUUGCUGGUGAACUUCUGCUGCCCUUACUUCUUCCAAGACAUGGGCUACUUCCUACGGGUAGCUGGCUUGACCCGGCGGGUGCGCAGCUAUGCGCAGCGGCGGCCGGUGCGCACCAUCCUCCAGGUCUUCUUGGAGAAAGUGCGCAAGACUCCGCACAAGCCCUUGCUGCUCUUCCGGGACGAGACGCUCACCUACGCGCAGGUGGACCGGCGCAGCAACCAAGUGGCGCGGGCUCUGCGCGACCACCUCGGCCUGCGCCAGGGAGACUGCGUGGCACUCUUCAUGGGCAAUGAACCAGCCUACGUGUGGCUGUGGCUGGGCCUGGCCAAGCUGGGUUGUGCCAUGGCCUGCCUCAACUCCAACAUCCGUGCCAAGUCCCUGUUGCACUGCUUCCAGUGCUGCGGCGCCAAGGUGCUACUGGUCUCGCCAGAACUCCAAGCUGCUAUUGAAGAGGUGCUGCCCAGCCUGCAAAAAGAUGAUGUAUCCAUCUAUUACGUGAGCAGAACUUCCAACACGGAUGGGGUCGGCUCUCUCCUAGACAAAGUGGACCAAGUGUCGGCUGAUCCUAUCCCCGAGUCAUGGAGAUCUGAGGUCACUUUCUCCACUCCUGCUGUAUACAUUUAUACUUCUGGAACCACAGGUCUUCCAAAAGCUGCGACGAUCAAUCACCAUCGCCUGUGGUACGGAUGCGCCCUUACUGUUGUAGCUGGGAUCAAGGAAGAUGAUAUCAUCUAUACGACGCUCCCCUUGUACCACAGUGCUGCACUUAUGAUUGGCCUACACGGAUGUCUGAUAACUGGUGCUACUCUUGUUUUGCGGACCAAAUUUUCAGCCAGCCAGUUUUGGGAUGACUGCAGAAAAUAUAACGUCACUGUCAUUCAGUAUAUUGGUGAACUGCUUCGGUAUUUAUGCAACUGUCCCCAGAAACCAAACGAUCGUGAUCAUAAAGUGAGACUGGCAUUGGGAAAUGGCUUGCGAGGAGAUGUGUGGAGAGAAUUCAUCAAGAGAUUUGGGGACAUUCACAUUUAUGAGUUCUAUGCUUCCACUGAAGGCAAUAUUGGCUUUGUGAAUUAUACGAGAAAAAUCGGGGCUAUUGGAAGAGUAAACUACCUACAGAAAAAAGUCGUAACGUAUGAGCUGAUUAAAUAUGAUGUGGAGAAGGAUGAACCUGUCCGUGAUGGAAAUGGAUAUUGCAUCAAAGUUCCCAAAGGCGAAGUUGGACUCCUGGUUUGCAAAAUAACACGACUCACACCAUUUAGUGGCUAUAGUGGAGGAAAGACUCAGACAGAGAAGAAAAAGCUGAGAGAUGUCUUCAAGAAAGGAGACCUCUAUUUCAACAGUGGAGAUCUCUUAAUGAUUGACCAUGAAAAUUUCAUCCACUUCCAUGACAGAGUUGGAGAUACAUUCCGGUGGAAAGGGGAAAACGUGGCCACCACUGAAGUUGCUGAUGUCAUGGGACUGGUUGAUUUUGUCCAAGAAGUGAAUGUUUAUGGCGUGCCCGUACCAGGUCAUGAGGGUCGAAUCGGCAUGGCUUCCAUCAAGGUGAAGGAUGACCAUGAAUUUGAUGGAAAGAAACUCUUUAAGCAUGUUGCUGAUUAUCUGCCCAGUUACGCAAGGCCUCGAUUUCUAAGACUACAGGACACUAUUGCUAUCACUGGAACUUUUAAACACCGCAAAGUGACCCUCGUGGAGGAGGGCUUUAACCCUGAAGUCAUCAAAGACUCCUUGUAUUUCUUGGAUGACAAAGCAGCAAUGUAUGUGCCUAUGACUGAGGAUAUUUACAACGCCAUAAGUAAUAAAAGUCUGAAACUCUGAAUAUUCCCAGGAGAGCUCAUCUUUCCAGACAAAAACUUAAUGGACCUAGUAAAGUCUUUUGAUAUAAUCCAACUCUAAUGUGGUUGAAGAUGGUGAGAUGCAGUUUUUCUUCAUGCUUCCCAAAAGGGAAGACUUUUCUAAAUUACACCUGAGCCUUUGCAAGUGAAAAGAUUUAGAGAUAAUUAUUUUUCAAUUUGCACUUACUGUUUGUAUUUUCAAACUAAGCUUGUUAGAGGGAGGGCAUUAUUUUUUGUAAAUAUAUAGUAAAAUAGGCAAAUGCCAACAUAUGA